AGGGGUCUAUCGUGAACAAUCUCUCUACCUCACCUCUGAGGUAGCGGUAUGGGCUACGUACACUCUACCCCCAGACCCCAUUUUGUGUGAAUAUACAGGAAACACCGAGCCCCAACAUUGAUUUGUCAAAUAAGACUACUUCUUCCCCUGCCGAAGCUGCUACUAACAAGGCUUUUGUUCAAUCUCAUUUUGAAUGCACUAUUAGACAAUAUUGUUUUUCCAGAGGUACCUUGAAUGUGCCAAACAAUUUGCAAUUGCAAAUGGUCUCACCAACAAGAAGUGUGGGUUGAUUGUAAGAGAUGAAAGACAAAGGUCGUGGAAUUUAAUGCUAAGUUCCGGCAGUACUCGAUCCUAUAUUGGGGAUGCAUUUCGUAAAUUCAUCGCUGAAAAUUGUUUGAGAUGAUACUAUGUUUGAGGUUAUCACUAAUAGAGAGACACCAAUAUGGAAAUUUAAAGUUGUUACUGGUGGAGAGACACCAGUGAGGAAGUUUCAAGGCAAGUUUCUCAUCUAAUAACCAACCUCCUAUUUUUUGAUGAUCUUUUUUAUCGUCGCUAUAUUAGAAUCUUUCCUUAUAUCAAGGAGAUUGAACAGUUUAUAUAUAAUUUAAAACAUCCGUUUUUAUCCUAUUUGCACAUUAUUUAUAAUUUUCACCAUAAGGAAUUCUACUGAACCCCUUUGCUUUAACCUUUAUCUGCCCCUGCUAGGAAUGAUUUGUAUUAAGCAUAGUCACAAAUGAAGAAAAUAAAUUUACACAAUUAUGUUCCUCUAGAGAUGGUGUUAUUGAAAUGUUAUGAAAAAAUGUGCUUUUUAGCUGCUUCUUGUUAUAACUAGAGUACAUCGUAACUGGCUUUAAAUCAAAGUCCACUGAAAGUGCAGUUUGUUGUGUAUGUAUUCAUUUAAGUUUAUAGAUUGAAAUCUGUAAACUCCAGUUUUGGUCCUCAACUUUAAUUUUUCUGUUAUUUCUGGAAAUUGUUCUUAUUAAUUAUGUGACCUGUAAUGGAAAUAAUACAUUAACCAGAUGAUGCUUACUUUAUAAAAGAAAUUAAUAUGGAAUUAGCCAAGGGCGGGGUGGAUAUUUAAAUUCUGUUCAUCCUUAAUAGACAGGUUUCUAAUCUCCACGGAGUGGAAUGAUACUUUCAAUGCUAUAAAACAAUUAACCAUGACUAGAGUUAUAUUAGACCACAGACCUUUGAUUCUGGUAAGUGGUGAUUCAAACACUAAUUCCCUAUUUCAAGUUUGAAAAUAUGUGGCUAAAAAUAGAAGAUUUCUCUGAAAUAAUCAAAGGUUGGUGGUUGAAGUACAACAUUGGUGGUAGUCCAGAUUUUGUCCUAUCUCAAAAGCUUAGAAAUCUAAAAAAAGACAUUACUAGCUGGAACAGAGAGACCUUUGGAGGAAUUAACUAUCCUUGAGCAAGCUACUGAAGGCAGGUCUAUGUCACAGGGGAAUAAGGAGAGAACGAUCCAUCUAAAGCUAAAACCAAAGGAAUUAGCAUAGAUUAAAAAGGUAUCCUAGAGGCAGAAAUCAAGAUGUUUGUGGCUAAAGUAAGGAGAUAGGAACGCCAAAAUUUUUCAAAGAGUAGCCAAUCCUCACAGGAGAAGCAAUCAAAUUGAUAAGCUGUUGAUUAAUGGGGAAUCUUUGAAGACUGGGGAGAAAUCAAAAGUUAGUUAGAUCUUGAGAUUUUUCCAAGCUUUGUACAGGGAGGAUGAACAGUGAAGGCCCAAAGCAAGCUUUGAGAAUCUCAACAUCAUCACUCAAGAAGAGAAAAUUUGACUAGAAAGAAACUUUGAAGAAGAAGAGGUGAGACCACUUAGUAGCCAUUAACUCUUGUGCUCCUGACAAGAGUCCGGAGCCUGAUGGAUACACAAUGGCCUUUUACCUAAACGCAUGGGAUGUCACCAAGUAUGAUAUUAUGGGAGCUCUCAACCAUUUUCAUCAGCACUGCUGAUUAGUCAAAUCCGAUCAUCUGGCCUCCUUUAUAGCUCUUAUACCAAAAAGAAAGAGAGCAUUACAUGUUGGAGACUUCAGGCCUAUAACUCUCAUAGGAAGUGUCUACAAGACCCUAACCCAAAUUUUAGCUGAGAGACUCAAAAUAGUAAUCUGGAAACUAGUUUAUGGCGAGCAAAAUGCUUAUCUUAAGAACAGGGUAAUCACUGAUGCUUCUUUGAUUACAAAUGAAAUCUAGAUGGCAGACAGAAAUCCGAAACUCGUUGAAUUAAUAUGCAAGCUAGAUGUGGAGAAAGCUUUUAUGAAGUGAGCUGGCCCUACCUGAUAGAUAUGCUAAAGCAACUAAGUUUUGGAGGUAGAUGGAUCAAAUACAGUCUCUAAACUGUAAAAUACUCCAUCCUAGUGACAAGAGGCCAGUUGGCCUUUUCUCCCCUCAAAAAGGAAUAAGACAAGAGGACCCUCUUGCACCUUUCUUAUUCAUUUUAGCCAUGGAAGGUUUGAACAAGAUAUUGGACAAAGCGAAAGCAAAUCACUGGAUUGAGGGCUUUAAGGUAGAAAGUGGCCCAAACAAUUCUUUUUCAAUCUCCCACUUAUUAUAAUCCGAUAUUAUCCUAAUCUUUUGUGGGGCAGAGACACUCCAAGUUCUUUAUCUCAAUCUAACCCUCAUGCUAUUUGAAGUUGUUUCUGGACUGCAUAUUAACACGAUGAGAAGCAAGAUCUACCCUGUCAAUGAAAUCUCAAACUCGAAUACUCUGAUAGGGAUUCUGGGUGUGACACAUGCUCCUUCCCCUCUACUUAUUGGGCCUCCUUUUGGGUGCAAAAUACAAAACACUUGAGAUAUGGAUGGAGUGGUGGAGAAGGUGGGAAAAAUGUUGACAAACUGGAAUAUACAAUAUCUAUCUAUAGGGAAAGCUGACUCUAAUCAAUACUAUACUGGACAACAUUCCUACCUACAUCAUGGCUGUCGUUCCAAUGCCAUAUGAGGUGAAAGAAAAAUUGGAUGGUCUAAGAAGGGCGUUCCUAUGGGAAGAAAUUGUGAAGGACAUAAAUUCCAUCUUGUGAAGUAGGAUAAGGUCAUAUUGGCAAAGGAACAGGGAGGUCUAGGUGUUAGAGAUCCUAGCAAACACAAGAAAAGCCUUCUUUUGAAAUGGUGGUGGGAGGUAUAUCCAAGGAACCACACACUUACGUGGAAGGAAGUGGUGAAUUCAGAAUAUGGCAAACUGGAUGAUUGGUGCACCAGACGGAAUACACUUCCUCAUGAUGUUGGCCCUUGGAAGCAUAUCGACAAUUUCCAGGAUGACUUCUUCAAGGAAUGCCCUUUAAGGUUGGAAAUGGCUCUAAGGUCAAAUUUGGGAAAGAUAAGUGGGUAAUCAACCAUCCCCUCAAAGACUCAUCACUGGAUUUUCCUCUUAGCUGCAGAACUAGAUUUCUUUUCAGCUGAUAAUAGCGAUGGCAACACAUGUGAUAUUCAUCUAAGAAGAAACUAACAAGAUUGGGAGUUGGAGGAACUUACUGAUCUAUACAGGUUACUGACAGACUGCUCAAUCCCAACUUUCAGACAACUUAAGGUGGGGGAACUCAAAGAAAGGCUCUUCAUAGUGAAAGAGGGAGUGACAACACCUUGGCCCUGGAAGUUGGUUUAUAAUACAAAAUUACCCCCAAAGUUUAAUGUUUCACUUGGACAGUCCUUUAUAGUGCCAUUUUAACCCAGGAAAACCUAAGGAAGAGAGACAUUCCAGUGGUGCACAGGUUCUUUGUGUGCCAAAACAACUUUGAUGCUAUAAACCGUUUGCUAUUGCACUACCCUGUGGCCGCUGAUCUUUGGACUAUGUUUUUGGCUAUUUCUGGAAUUAGUUUACGACCUCCCUCAACCUAAAGCAAGCAGUUGAAAGCUGGAGUUUAUCGAAAGUGGAUAAGACCAUCAAUAAGAUCUGGCAGAUACCCAACUUGUACUUUUUGGUGUUUAUGGAACGAAAGGAAUUAAAGAUGUUUUAAUGGGACUUCAACUCCGAACUGCUCUCUUAGGUCAAGUGUUUGAUGACCCUUUAUAGCUGGAGCAAUCUUCCCCCGUAAAUGAUAUCAUCCCCCUUUUAGAUUUUAUCAGUUCCCUCUCAGUGGCUUAGAGCUUUUUGACUUUGGUUCUUAACUCCCAGUUAUACUUGUUUUUUCUUUUGCAGUAUUUGGAGUUAUAACCAUUUGUUUUGUAAUCUUUCAUGCAUCUUCUUGAUGCCUUUUCGAUACAACAACUUCAUCCAAAAAAACAAAAACAAAUUAUGUUAAUCCUUUUAAGUAUCAUUUGUUAUUCAGUUGACCACUCUGUAACAACAUUGUUUGUCUAGAUAGCUUUUUCGAAAUAUUAUUAUAGAGAACAUAUAAUAUAACAUAACGUAAAAAUAUGGUUUCAUAGAAAACUUGGUAGUUAUAACGAAAUGUUGUCACAUAGGAUGACUGUGGUCUGAUCGUAUUUACUUUCUUGACAAUGUAACAGAAAAAACUGAGCCCCGACAUCAACUUGCCAAAUAAGACUUCUUCGGUUCUUCCCAUGUAGAAGCUGCUACUAACAAGCCUUUUGUUCGAUCUCAUUUUGAAUGCACUAUUACACAAAAAAUGUUUUCAAGAGGUCUAUUGGUAAGUUUCAAAACUCAUUGCACUAAAGGAAGCAUGUGUGCCAUGUUUCUUAUAGUUUAAUAAGUUUUUCUCUAUUCUGUUUGGGUAAAUCUUUUUUUUUUUACCCAAUCAGAUUACAUAUUAUGUAAUUUUUCUUAUAACCAUGGUGUUCGGGCCAGCUUGCACAACUUAUUAUGCAAUUGUUAGUAAAUUUCUAUGGCGAGCAUUAAUUGGUAGCCCAAAGAAAUGGUAAACCUGCAAUCUCAUAAAUCUUUACACUGCCAAUCUAAGGCUUAAGCAAUAUCAUAUGCAUCAUUUUGUGCAAGUAAUAUUGAAUAAUUGUUAAUUUGAGUAGAUUGGGGUUCUAAUGCUUUUGAUUGGAUGUCAGGGGCAGAGAUAUAAGGCCCGUUACGUGUUCAACCUAACCCAAUAUUUUUUCUUUAACAGUAUAUUUGUACUAAGAAAUUCAUUAAAUAUGGACAAUUAUUAAACUUAAAACCUGCUUGUUAGCACUUGAAAUAGUAGUUCUAACAUCUAGAAUCCAUAAAGUUCCAAUCCUAGCUCCGCCGCUAUCUCAGCCACUGCGCUAACGGAAGCAUUGCACAAUUUUAUUUUUAUUUUCUUUGUUGAUUGGUGUUAUAAAUGCGGUGAAAGUUUGAAGAACGUGAACUUUUUAAUGGCGUGUUCAAAUGUUUAUACACAUAUAUACACCAUGUUAGUAUGUACCUCAACAAUUUGCAAUUGCAAAUGGGCUCACCAACAAGAAGUGCGGGUUGAUUGUAAGAGAUGAAAGACAAAGAUCGUGGAAUUUAAAGCGGUGAAAGUUUGAAGAACGUGAACUUUUUAAUGGCGUGUUCAAAUGUUUAUAAACAUAUAUACACCAUGUCAGUAUGUACCUCAACAAUUUGCAAUUGCAAAUGGGCUCACCAACAAGAAGUGCGGGUUGAUUGUAAGAGAUGAAAGACAAAGAUCGUGGAAUUUAAAGCUAAGUUUUGGCGGUACUCAAGUUCGAACCUACAUUGGAUAUGGAUUGCGUAAGCUCAUCGCUGAAAAUUGUACAAAGGAGGGAGAUCGUAUUAAUUUUGAGGUUGUCACUAACGGGAAGACACCAAUAUGGAAAUUUCAAGUUUUUACUGAUGGAGAAAUUCCAAUGAAGACGUUUCAAGAAAGACCGAGCCGCAGCAUCAAGUUGUCAAAUGAGACUUCUUCCCAUGCAGAAGCUGCUACCAACAAACCUUUUGUUCAAUCUCAUUUUGAAUGCACUAUUAGAGAAUACUGUCUUUCAAGAGGUCUCUUGGAGGUGAGAAGAUCACACAGGAAGCCCACAGCGCUCACUCACCUCAAAUACUAUGUCCAUUCCCUUUCCACCCUCGAACCAACUAGCUAUGUCAACUCUCAUUCCAACAUUUUUCUCAAUGGUUUAUUUUCAAUGAACCACCACAUUACACCUGAUCUGUUAGUCCAUGAAAAUCAAGAACUUGUUGAAAAUGUUUAUAAGGACAAUGUACCAACUUCAUAUGAAGAGGCAACCAUCAAUCCUGUUUGGUAAAUGUCUAUUACACGAGUUUGAGGAGAAUUUUUUCCUUUGCCAGCAAACAAGCAAGUCUUUGAGUGUAAAUGGGUGUACAAAGUAAAACAUAAAGCCGAUGAUAGCAUUAAAAGGCUUAAAUCAAGACUUGUGGUGAAAGGUUAUUCUCAGCAGUUGGAAUUGAUUACAGAAUGACCUUUUCCCCAGUUAUAAAAAUGACCACAGUGAGAUCCUGGGUGGCCACUGCAAUGAAGAAAAGACAGAACAUCUACCAAUUAGAUGUCAGUCAAUAAUGCCUUCCUUUCAUUAGUUGUAAAGCAUGCAGCUCUUCUAGAUAAGUUGACAGUUCUACCUCACUUCC